AUGCCUCGUGCCUCAGCAGCCCCGCCACGUCGCAAGUCUUGCGGAGCCUGUGUGGCUGCCAAGCGUCGCUGUGAUUUAGCCGUCCCGGUCUGCUCUCGAUGUCUCCAACGUGAUAUUGUCUGCGAGUACCCAGCAAGACAACCAUCGGCCAAUCCGCCGUCCUCCGCAACAAUUGAUUAUCAUAAUGGCAGUUGGCAAAUAAUGGCCCCAGUCCUGCCCAUCUCUAUCGAGACUCCUGCCUUUCCCCAACCCACCAUCACGGACAGACUUGAGCAUGUGGACCCAGAUUGGAAUUCCAUACACGGCUUCGAGCCCAAUAUUUCUAUUAAUCCUUCCUGGGACUUGCUUCUCUCACCAAAACUUGAACUGGUCAUGCCGAGGAUCAAACCACCGAGACCUCUUUCGGAGAUCAUUGCCUCAAAGCUGCAAUUCGCAGUUGAUGUUCUCAAGAACGCACCAAGCAUGAUGGUCCUGGAGACUCAGCUUCCUUGGUGCCACCCGAAACUAUAUAAUAAUUACAUGCCGAGAGCAAUGCAAGAUGCCUACUCUUGUUGCUCCCUGUACAUGUCCAGGAAUGAAACCAACACACCUGUCAUAAUGUCUUUAUUAGAUGCUCGAGCCGAGGAUCUUUUAUCAUCUCCGCAACCAACAUCACUUAUUGAGCUCCUCGCUCAUGCACACGCUUUACUUCUCUAUCAAAUCAUGCGAUUAUUCGCGGGCGAUGUUCGCUCUCAUGCAACUGCCAAUACUCUCUUCGGAACACUGGAAGCUACAAUGAUUGCUCUUUCUGACAAUCUCUAUUUUCCCGACCCCUCAAUAUCUAAAGAGCUACUACCUUUAAACAUAGAUCCCAUAAUUGAAUUCUGGGAGUGGUGGAUCCUACAAGAAUCAGCUCGACGGACCAUGCUUCUCACCUUCUACUUCAUCCAGAUAUACAAAGUUUUACGAGGGGAUGUCACCGUGCACUGCGAUGGGAAACUCGGGUUAUCGCAUUCAUGGUACCUCUCUGCACAAUUAUGGAAUGCUCAAAGUGCGUUCGAUUUUGCGGUGGCAUGGUCGGAAAAAGAUCAUUUUGUUGUGCGUGACCUCGAUUUCACGGCGGUCCUAGAAAAUGCCCAACCGGACGAAGUUGAUCUCUUUGGUCGGAUGCUUAUGGUUACUCUACUUGGUAUUGAUGGCGCGAAAGCAUGGUUCUAUGCGAAAGGAGCAAUAAUGUGA